AUAUAAUGAAGAUAUUAGGACUAGUAUCGCUGCCUGCUCUAACCCUAGACAUUACAACCCUUUAUCGAUGAGAUUGUGUGAUGAUAUUAUUGGGGACACGACGCGUGGGACUGGAUGAUAAGCAUGUCGCAGUUUUUCAGUCAGAAUCAGAGCGCGUCACUCACGAUACCGUUAUCAACCGGGUACCCUCGCCUAUAAAACACCGAGCCAAAUUUGUGACAUGUGGAUGCGUCUUUUUGAACGGCUAUAAUAAUAUAGGCUAGGCCUAAUUCAAUUUUCCUCUUGGAGAGGAGGGAGCAUUGAUCGCCGGACGCACAGACGUCCAUCCCAUAAUACCCGUCCCGUCCCCUCCUCAAGUCUGAAGGAGGCGCGCUGGUCUGCGGUCUACAGAGCGCACCGCCGAGCGUCUCCUUGUCGGACCACUUCAUCAAAGCGCAGAUCAAGAUAUCCAGUCCUUCUGUAUCAUGAGAACACUGUAGGAGAGCGAAACACGGAGCAUCUUCUAUUCGAGAUGGAGAAGGACUGAAGUGGCCGUCCCCCACAUGUUUGUGAAGAUGAAGGUCCCUGAGGGGGAAGCCUUUUCUCUCAGCGGAUAGAGGCGGUCAGGACUCAGGAUGCGCUCUCUGAGGAAGACCGUGCUGCUGGCCUUCCUGGUGUCGGUGGUGCUGGUGCUGGCGCUGCUGCACUCCUGGCCCACGCGCUCCUACGCCACGGUGGACGUGUCCCAGCGCCCGGGCUCCGACAAGCACCUGGAGGACCGCCUCCCCGACGCCGACCCCCGGUCCGGGGACAUCCCCUACCGCGUGAGGGAGGGCGUCGCCAGCCUGUUGGCCCGUAACGGCUGUGUCUGCGAGGGCAAGAGCGCCGCCGUCAACCUGCCCUUCUCCCAGCUGCUGUUCCCGCGGGUGUCGGCUUCGGCGCUGCACACCGCCUUCCAGGCCUCGGAGCUAGAGGCCCUGAAGGAGAGGCGGGCCAAGGAGUACCACAGCUUCCAGACGAGGACCCAGAGCCCAGCGGACGCCCUUCUGAUCGCUGAGGCCAACAGCCCCCUGCAGUACCCCACCCAGGGCGUGGCCGUGAGGCCCCUCAGAACCAUCCUCAUCCCAGGUUUGGCCUUACAUGACAUCCAUAAAGAAAACUACUCCCUGAACAUCACGGCCACCUUGGGAACCCUGAACGUGGCUGCUGAGGUCGAGGGGGUAAAGGUCAAAGGGGAUGGAGAGAUGCACAUGACCCUAUCCAGUAGUCUUCUCCCCAGCCUGAAUCGCCAGCUGCAGUUUGUGAGCUACACCAACACCCUGUUCCACCCCAGCACAGCCGACACCCUGCAACUUCAAACAGAAGGACAUCAAGCUGCCUUCAUUAUCAAGAUCGGUCAUGGAGCUACCCCCAAACUUUACAACACGGGCCCUAAAGGAGAAUACAACAUCAGCGCCCUUGUCACCAUCGCCACCAAAACCUUCCUGCGCUACGAUAAGCUCCAGGACCUCAUCGACAGCGUGAGAAAAUACUACCCCACCGUUACCAUAGUGAUCGCUGACGACAGCGAACACCCCCAAACUGUGUCCGGCCCCUACAUUGAACAUUACAUCAUGCCUUUCGGAAAGGGCUGGUUCGCGGGACGAAACCUGGCGGUCUCCCAGGUGACCACCAAGUACGUUCUGUGGGUGGACGACGACUUCAUCUUCUCGUCCAGCACCAAGCUGGAGAAGCUGGUGGAUGUGUUGGAGCGGACCACUCUGGACCUGGUGGGCGGGGCGGUGCGCGAGGCCACGGGCUACACCUCCACCUACAGGCAGACCAUCUCCAUCGAGCCGGGGCAGGAGGAGGGCGACUGCCUGCACAUGAGGCGGGGUUUCCAUCACGCCAUCGCCGGCUUCCCGGGCUGCGUGGUCACCGACGGCGUCAUCAACUUCUUCCUGGCCCGCACCGAGAAGGUGCAGCAGGUGGGCUUCGACCCCCGCUUGGCCCGCGUGGCACACCUUGAGUUCUUCAUCGACGGCCUGGGCUCGCUCCACGUGGGCUCCUGUGACGCCGUCAUCGUCAACCACGCCACCAAGAUCAAGCUCCCCUGGGUCGGCCAAUCAGAGAGCGACAAGACGUACGCCAAGUUCCGCUACCCCCCGGCGUCUUCGGACGCCGCCCACACCAAGAACGGCCUGCUGUUCUUCAAGAACCGGCUCCAGUGCAUGACGCACAACUAGUCCCUCCUUUACCCCGACCACGCCCUCCUAUUCCUUGACCACGCCCGGCCUCCUCCACCUUUCACCUCCUCCGACUUUGCCACGCCCUCCUCCACCUCGGCCUCCUCCACCUUUCACCUCCUCCACCUUGACCACGCCCUCCCCACCUGGACCACGCCCUCCUCCACCUCGACCACGCCGUCCUCAACCUUGACCACGCCCUACUCCACCUCGGCCACGCCCUCCUCCACCUCGACCACGUCCUCCCACACCUCGCCAACACCCUCCUCCACCUCGGCCAGACCCUUCCUCCCCCUCAACCACGCCCUCCUCCCCCUCAACCACGCCCUCCUCCACCUCGGCCACGCCCCCCUCCACCUCGACCACACCCUCCUCCACCUUGACCACACCUUCCUCCACCUCGGCCACGCCCUCCUCCACCUCGGCCACACCCUUCGUCCUCGGACAGGCCCUCCUCCACCCUGGAGGGCGCUGUGCUCCCUGAGGUGCUAGAGACGUAUCAGUGGGGGGGUGUCGGGUCAGAACUGAUCCCCUUUCCGAUUGGCCUCCCUCCAUCAGAGCUUCUGAUUGGUGGAGCCCUGAGUCACGAGCUCACUGCUUCACAAACAGCAUCACAGACUUCAGCUCAUCCCCAGACCUGCGUAAGGAAAGCAGGCCCCCUAGAAAACAUGAGGAUGAGGCACCACCGGUCGUAGGUCGAAACAUAUCCUUUUGUUCACAAGUAUCCAAAAAAUGUGCUGUUAUUUAUUUAUGUUUAUUUAAUGUUGGUGUGAGCAUUUUGUGCCUCAAGUCUCAUGUGUCUCAACGGUCCGUCAGUAUCCAUGAAGAAACGCAAACAGAACCCAGAGGAGCUGAGGGCGAGUGGACCGGGACGCUGUGUGUCUAGACAAGGGCCUUUUUUACAACACGGAGGAGUAAGAGAGAGAAUCAUGUUCUCCCUUUUCCUUCCAAGUUGCACCAAGACAGAGCGACGUGACUGAAGCAGGUGAAGCGACGUUAGGGAACCGAGACUUCACUCUUCAUGAAAAGGACCAGAGACGCCUCCAAUGAAGUGAGCAUCCCGUUCCCACGGCAACAGAUUCCCUUCCCCCCCCCCCCCAAACGCCCACUGAGGAAACCUGAACCGCGUUCAGGAGCCGGCCCCUGGUCCGGUCGUCUGCUCCAGUCCCCCGGUCCCCUGGUCCUCUGGUCCCUGACCGGACCUGCCAAACCUAGACUGACGAGGUGUAUUGCUGUCGUCAUGAUUCUGAUGAUUAUCAGAUUCAGUAUUAUGGUUCUGCUGCCUAUGAGUCCGAAGCUUCUGCCAUCACCCUCUGCUGCCACACCUCCUCCUCCACCUCCAUGCCAAAGCCACUCACACAUACAGCACUGAGGACAGUUUCUGGUGGACCAGGUCUCCGUUCCUGGUUCUGAAGCCCUGUCCCGGUGUCUCAUCCUUCGUCUCUCUACGGGUUCUUCAACGGGCGUCUAUGAAGAGGAGGGUUUCUGUCUGAGCUGAAGCAGCCACUGGUCUGGGAUCAGCCUGUGUAGGAGAAAUGUGGCUCUACCUAGUGCUCAUAAUACUCAAUUUACAAAGCAAGAAAGAAAAUGUAUUUCAAUAUACACAGGGUGGCCUUAUGGAUUUGAAUGACAGUGUUAUGAAUGAGGGUGUUAAAGGGUUUUGAAUGACAGUGUUAUGAAUGAGUGUGUAAGAGGGUUUUGAUGACAGUGUUAUAAAUGAGUGAGUGGAAGGGUUUUGAAUGACAGGGUUAUGAAUGAGUUUGUUAAAGUGUUUUGAAUUACAUUGUUAUGAAUAAGUGUGUUAAAGGGUUUUGAAUGACAGUGUUUUGAAUGAGUGAGUGAAAAGGUUUCCAGAGAGUCAUUGUGGAGUGUGUGUGUGUGUGCCAAUAAACCGGUUUAUUGCAAACUUUGAAGGAUGAUGGUAGAUUGAGCAGGUGACCCAUGCUGCCUUGUCAGAGACCCCUGUGUGUGUGGUGAUGGCUUGUUCAACCUGCUGUGCAUUGAUUGCUCAAUACACAAUGGGUGUGUGCACUGAAGCCUCACCCAGCCCAGUCAUCAACCACACACUCCAGUCAGCUUUAGGGGAGGGCCAACCCGAACUCUAGAGAGAGACGUUUCAACAACACCAUCAAGUUACGCCUUUGUAAAGUUUUAUGUUCUAAUGUACAAACGUUUGAUGACACUAUUAUUUCCGCUUAAUCCGACAUUUGAUUUUGAGGACAUGUAUUUUGCCUGCUUCCCCCUCUAAUCAAUAAUAAAAAGUGUUGCCUGAGAUCCGUCCUCACAAUGUGAAUGCUAUUAAUUGAAGUGUUUGUCAUAUUAAAAUCUCUUGCAUUGAG